AUGCAAGAUGAUUAUCGUGCGAGGGACUCAUCCCCAGUCGCAAACCUCCACUCUGCGCCCCCUUCUCCGAACUUCACUCCUAUCCCCGGGCAAUUUGUCUACGCGCCUAUAACCAGCCUAGCCCCGGAAAACGAGCUCACGCUACCUUCCUACGACACAGAACCCCUUCACAAUGCCAAAGAACUAGAGGACGUGAGCGACGCGUCGACAGAAUCACACCCUUCGUGGACAUUACAGACUCCAUCGGCAGAUGACAGCUCAAUUGAGGAUGAGCCGUCUCGACAUGUAGACUACCUUUCACAUGACUGGAAGGAGGAGGAUAUCUGGUCCUCCUGGCGGUAUGUGACGAGUCGGAGAAACGAUUAUAGUAAUGGAGUGAGACUGGAGAAUGCUUCAUGGAGGACAUGGGCCAAGGCUAAGCAUAACCUCAGAACGAUAUCGCCCGAAAGCCUCAAUUGGCUGAAGGACUGUGAUGUCACCUGGCUAUACGGACCAUUAAAAAGUUCCAUCGAACGUACAACCUCUCCAUCGCCCCCUCCCAGUCGUUUGGACACACCAAACUCGUACCUAGACCGAAAGCCGAUCCUGAAGAAGAAGACCGCGUCCGAGGCCAUCCUCCAGCGGUCUCUAUCUCAACAUACCUUACUCCAGCAUGCCGGGGCCAUUCUCAAAGCUCAAGAAGCUGAGAACAAUUGGGCUCGACCCCCUUUCCCGAGGUCCAACACAGACUUGGACCAUCUGCAUCACCGGACUGGAAGCUCGACCUACUCUCUCGGUGGCACUCUUACUACCUCCUCCUCAUCUGGAAUGACAUCUCCAAGCGAACGACGCCAUAUUCACUUCAACAAUGAAGUCGUACAAUGCAUCGCGGUUGAAGCCAAGGGCUACGAGGACGAUUGGCCGGUCACUUUUGACGAGUCAUCUUCCGAUGAUGGCGUAGUCAUGAUGAGACAAAUCUCUGGCCGGUCCUCCCUGAGCAACCGCAGCACUCCACGCAACAGCUUCAGUGGCGAUGGGAAAACCAUCGCCCCGCUCCCCUCGACCACGCUCAAAUAUCGCGGGGAUGCCCCCGAACCCCACCCUCCGACGAUCUUUGAUCGAUGGUCCACCCCUCGGACGACAUCACCAACUCCCUCUGUGGACACCAUACGUCCGUCGGGGCCAUCCGAGCCUGAGUCUUCGGCUAACUUCCUUUUGGAUGAAUGUGAAGAUCCCAGUUUGGACUUCACGGGAAAUUACCCUGAUCGUGAUCGCGCAUGGUUGAUGGAAGAUGAUCCAGCAUCAAACCGUUCGCUCCGACUAACUGCUUCCGGCAUGAUCAUGCCAGAAGGCGAGACCGAGACCCCCAGUAGUAGUAUUCUGGACCGGGUUGUGGACACGGUGAACACCGCUCGAGACAUUGCCCAUGUAAUUUGGAAUGUGGGCUGGCGUCGCUGA